AUGACUACCGUGGUGGCCGUCGGUACUCCCCUUGCGGAGGCCCUGAGUGGUGUGAUUCAGCCCAAACUGGUGGAAAUGGGAUGGAGCUCCGAUGGGGGCGACGAUUCAGCCUUGACCGAAUAUGUGAUUUUGAUGCUUGUGAACGGCAAGACCCAGGAACAAAUUGCCGGCGAACUUUCCAACGAUCUUUUGGGACUGGGCGAAGGUGAUACACAGGCUUUGGAUUUCUCUCGGUGGCUUUUCGAACAGGUCGACAAUCUCAACCGACAGAUCAAUGGCGGAGGUGCCCCGGCAUCAAACGAACCUGCGUCCGCGCAGGCCAUUCCCUCUUUUACCGAUCAAGAUAUGGCCCAAGCGCCGGGCCCCGAUAGUGCGAUGGAUGCAGACAUGGGUGAUGCAGGAGGUGAUAGCAUUCCGACCGGGCCGAAAGCCAUGCGCAACGGCCGACCAGGUGGUAGAGGGAGGAUGCUUAACCAAAUCAAUAGGUCGAUGGACCGCAAUGACUCGGCGCUGCAUCGUGUCCGUGGGCAAGGUGGCAGUGGCCGAAUCAACUCCCAUGGUAGAGACAACAUGAAGGGUGGCCGAUUCAAUCAGAAUGGUGGCAGAAUGUCCGGUGGACGGCAAAUGAGUGGUAUGGGUAUGGGCAACCAAAUGGCCGGUGCCGCGGGCAACCUGAUGAACAUGAACCCCAACGAUCAGAUGCACCUCAUGUCUCUCCUUGAAGAACAAGCAAGAAUGAUGGCACAGUUUAUGCCGGGAUUCGUUCCGCCCGCGAUAAAUCCGGCUUUCCAGCAGAACGGUCCUCAACAAGGACGCUCAUUGUUUGACCGAGUUGAACGCCAGGGACAGCGGUCCUUCAACCGAGGACACCAAAACGCUCAAAAGAAUACCGAUGUUGACAUGGACAUGGCCAAAGAUGGAGGACAGGACGAGAGUAAUACCGACAAUGUAUGCCGGUGGAAUCUCCGAUGCACGCGGAAAGAUUGUCCCUUCGCGCACCAGUCACCGGCUGCCCCCGAGGGUGCUCCAAUCGAUCCAGCAGACCAGUGUACUUUUGGAGCAGCGUGCAAGAACAGAAAGUGUACUGGACGUCAUCCCUCUCCCGCCGUCAAAUCCGCACACCAAGCCGAAGAGCUCUGCAAAUUCUUCCCCCACUGUGCAAACCCCCAUUGCUCCUUCAAACACCCCUCGAUGCCUUUGUGUCGCAACGGCGCGGACUGCUCUGCAGAGGACUGCAAAUUCACACAUGUCCAGGUACCUUGCAAGUUCAACCCGUGCCUCAACCCCAAUUGCACAUACAAGCAUGCAGAGGGCCAAAAAGGCACUUUUGGGGACAAGGUGUGGACUGCAGGAGAGCAAUCUCAUGUCAGUGAACGGAAGUUUGUGGCGGAUGAAGGUACGGAGGAAUUAAUCAAGCCUGACGCUCCUAACGAUGCCCACGAUGCUCAAAACCAGGAGGUUGCGACAUGA